AUGUUCAACCCACCCAAACUUCACAAACACGACUGGUUCAUGACCAUGGUAACCACGCUGAUCGAGUCAUCGGUGAAAGGCGGAGGCAGCGGUGACGACGGUGACGGUGACGACGACGACGACCACGGUUGGUCCGGUCUGUACGGCCCGAACGGCACCUUUGACGGAGGCGGCGGUAGUGGCGACGGCCCGUUCAACUUCACAGUCAAGCGGGCGCUGGACGCGAUAUUCGAGAACCAGCUGGACGUGGACAAGGUACUGGUGCUGUACCUGGAGGUGGCUAUCGUGGUCGCGUACGGCGUGCUGUUCGUUAUCGGGCUCGUGUCCAACGGGCUGGUGUGCUUCGUCGUGUUCCGGCAGUGCGGCAAGAAGAACGUGCCAAGCCAGGGGCCGUCGCCCCGCAACCUGUACAUCGUCAACCUGGCGUUCGCCGACAUCAUCAUGUGCGUGGUGUGCAUGCCGUUCACGCUGUGGGCGCUCAUGUCCCGCCGCUGGACGUGGGGCCUGAUCAUGUGCAAGACGGUGCCGGCCGCCCAAGGCGCCAACAUAACCGUGUCCGCGUGCACCAUAACCGCCAUCGCUCUGGACAGGUACUUCACAAUCGUCCGGAAUCCUCGGGGCUCGGUGUUCCGGUGCAGCGUGGCCAAGACGCUGGUACUUAUCUGGAUGGUGUCGUUUGCGGCCAUGGUGCCGCUGUUGUUAUACCAGAACGUCGAGGAGGUGAACGUCGGACCCAUCAGGUUGUACGAGGCGUGCGUCGAGAAAUGGCCGAACCGCAUGGCCCAACAGACGUUCACCGUCGGCCUGGCAGUCGCCCAGUUCGUGUUGCCGUUCACCACCAUAUCGCUGAUCCACCUGAAGAUAUCGUCCUACCUCACAGUGCACCUCAAACACCCGGCCGUCCCAUCCAAGGAGAUCAACUGUAGACGAGUGCGGAGAGAGCUGAGCCGGAACAAGCGGACCAUGUGGAUACUGUCAUCGAUCGCGGUGGUGUUUGCAAUCAGCUGGCUACCGCUGACAGUAUUUACUCUGCUCGUCGAAUUCCAGCCGCACCUGAUCGAUUCCACGGACGCACUGUACAAGGCGUUCGCGGUCGUCCACAUGAUGGCCAUGUCGACCACGUGCACCAACCCUCUGCUGUACGGCUGGCUCAACACCAACUUCCGGCGGGAUAUAUCCGGUAUAUGCCGGCAGAUGUGGUACUGCUGCGGUGACCAGAAACCACCUCCCAGGCGGAGGCGGUACCCGUCUGUGGCCACCGACUACCGCGGCCCGAACGACCGGCGGCUGGGGCUUGGGUCCGAAGCUGCCGGCGGAUGCGGUGGAGGGGGUGGCGGCGGUGGCGGUUUCGGUGGAGGUGGUGGUAGCCGGAGGCACCAGAUGCACCACGACCCCGAGACCACCGGCAUGUCGAUGGUGGUCAAGAGUGACCGGAGGUUCAGCACCAGUUACCUGACCACGCUGACCACGGUCACGUCCCGGUCGCAACCGGGUUCCAGCAUGGGCCGCGUCGAGAACGUCUAG